GAUGCAGCGGAGAGCAGGACACAUGGUUCCUGCGCUGAAACUGAGCACAGCACUUUGAGAGUGGUGGGGUGGGGGAGCGCUUUGAGAACCAAGAGUGGGAGGGCCUCGCUGUUCUAGGACAAGGACCGUCCUCUGAGCGGGGACGAUUUCUCUCCAGGAUAUGGUGGCUGUUGGAGCUGGGUGGCCCUCGUCUCACCCCGGUUGCUUGGGCAGGACUCCAGAAGACCUUUCCAGAUUCGUGGUUGAGCUGCAGCAGAGGGAGCUUGCCUUGAAGGACAAGAACAGCGCUGUCACCAGCAGCGCCCGGGGGCUGGAGAAGGCCAGGCAGCAGCUGCAGGAGGAGCUCCGGCAGGUCAGCGGCCAGCUGCUGGAGGAGAGGAAGAAGCGCGAGACGCACGAGGCGCUGGCCCGGAGGCUCCAGAAACGGGUCCUGCUGCUCACCAAGGAGCGGGACGGCAUGCGGGCCAUCCUGGGGUCCUACGACAGCGAGCUGACCUCGGCCGAGUACUCACCCCAGCUGACACGGCGCAUGCGGGAGGCAGAGGAUAUGGUGCAGAAGGUGCACAGCCACAGCGCCGAGAUGGAGGCUCAGCUGUCGCAGGCCCUGGAGGAACUGGGAGGCCAGAAACAAAGAGCAGACAUGCUGGAGAUGGAGCUGAAGAUGCUAAAGUCUCAGUCCAGUUCUGCUGAACAGAGCUUCCUGUUCUCCAGAGAGGAGGUGGACACCCUCAGGUUGAAGGUCGAGGAGCUGGAGGGCGAGCGGAGGCGGCUGGAGGAGGAAAAGAGGAUGCUGGAGGCACAGCUGGAGCGGCGUGUGCUGCAGGGUGACUAUGACCAGAGCAGGACCAAAGUGCUGCACAUGAGCCGGAACCCUGCCAGUGUGGCCAGGCAGCGCCUGCGUGAGGACCACAGCCAGCUGCAGGCAGAGUGCGAGCGACUGCGAGGGCUCCUGCGCGCCAUGGAGAGAGGCGGCACCGUCCCAACCGACCUUGAGGCUGCCGCCGCGAGUCUGCCAUCUUCCAAGGAGGUGGCAGAGCUGAAGAAGCAGGUGGAGAGCGCCGAGCUGAAGAACCAGCGGCUCAAGGAGGUUUUCCAGACCAAGAUCCAGGAGUUCCGCAAGGCCUGCUACACGCUCACCGGCUACCAGAUCGACAUCACCACAGAGAACCAGUACCGACUGACUUCGCUGUACGCCGAGCACCCGGGCGACUGCCUCAUCUUCAAGGCCACCAGCCCCUCGGGCUCCAAGAUGCAGCUGCUGGAGACGGAGUUCUCGCACACCGUGGGCGAGCUCAUCGAGGUGCACCUGCGACGCCAGGACAGCAUCCCCGCCUUCCUCAGCUCGCUCACCCUCGAGCUCUUCAGCCGCCAGACCGUGGCCUAGCCUGCAGCCACUCCGCUCGGCCGGACCUGCGGGUCCCCUGCCCCGCUAGCCACAGGCUGGGUGCACGUCCUGCCUCUCCAGCCCCGCGGCAGCGGUAUGACUGACAGACACGCCGAGACCUACGUCAGACUUCUGCUGGGGCGGCCAGCACCCUCCCCACGUGCAGACGCUGUGUGUCCCGGAGCCUGGUGUGCGGGCGUCGGCUGCCAGCCCAGGUUCCUCACCUUGUGAAAUAAAGUCUUCUCCCCCAGACA